AUGGCAGGCCACGCCAUGCCGUUCCCCCCCGAGACCAGUUUCGUCGGCGGUGGAAUGGAACAAGGCUCAUAUCUUACCGCUCUGUACAAGCGCGAUUACUAUCCGGGGAUUAUUGAGGGGGAAGGAUUGGUUUCGGAGAGCAGCACACACGGCCGCCGUGUUCCGAUGCGCGGCGAUGGCUGGUUUCUUUUGUCUUCGGUCCGCGCUCUCCAUCUUGAGACCGCCCAACAAAAGGAUUCACGCGAAGAGGCCCCUGGCUUAACCCAAAACAACAAGUAG